GACUGUUUUCUCUUUCUGCAUUGUUGUGACUUGUGAGAAGGAAAAGGCAGAGAACGAUGGGUGGGAAGAGGAAGAAGGGAGAAAGCGAUGUUGUUGGAGUCGGAGAAGGAGAAGAAGAGCAGCAGCAGCAGAAGAAGAGGCAGAUGCUUCCAUCGCUGAUAAAGAACAAAGAGAAGAGAUCUGCUGUUCAUGCCAAGCUCAAGCACGAGAAGAAGCUCGAGAAGCGAAAAAAGCUUAAGGCUCGUGAUGCUGCAGAAAAAAGAGCUCUCGAACUUGGCGAGGAGCCUCCGCCAAAGAAGAUCCCUCGUACGAUUGAGAACACCAGAGAGUUCGACGAGACAGUCUGCAAGCCCGAUGACGAAGAGCUGUUUGCCGGAAAUGAUGCAGAUGAAUUUAGUUCAAUUCUUAAAAGGGAAUGCACUCCAAAGAUAUUGAUCACCACAUGUCGUUUUAACUCUACUAGAGGGCCUGCUUUUAUCUCAGAGCUGCUUUCAAUCAUUCCAAAUGCCCACUAUUAUAAGAGAGGGACCUAUGACUUGAAAAAGAUUGUGGAAUAUGCAAAAAGCAAGGACUUCACUUCAAUCAUAGUUGUCCACACUAAUCGUAGAGAACCAGAUGCUCUCCUGAUCAUUACUCUACCUGAUGGACCAACUGCACAUUUCAAGCUCUCGAAUCUAGUUUUGCGCAAAGAUAUCAAGAACCAUGGUAAUCCAACAAGUCAUAAGCCUGAACUAGUAUUGACAAACUUUACAACACGCCUGGGUCAUCGUAUUGGCAGGUUUAUACAAUCACUUUUCCCUCAAGACCCAAAUUUCCGUGGUCGGCGAGUUGUAACCUUUCACAAUCAGCGAGACUUUAUAUUCUUUCGCCACCAUAGGUAUAUCUUUGAGACAAAAGAAAUAAAACAGAGCAAUUCAGAUGAUAAAAAGUUCAAGGAUGCCAAAGAUGAGAAAAUACCUCAAGAGAAAGUGAUUGCACGUCUUCAGGAGUGUGGCCCUCGCUUCACGCUGAAAUUGAUUAGUCUGCAGCAUGGAACAUUUGACACCAAGGGUGGCGAAUACGAGUGGGUUCACAAGCCGGAGAUGGAUACAAGUCGGAGGAGAUUUUUUCUCUGACUUAGCUUGGAGAAUUUUUCUUCGUGGUUCUACACUUGCAUUGGAGAGAAGAGAAUAUUUUCAGGCUCGGAAGAUUUUGUCCCCUUUCUUCCAGAGAUUUUUUAAUCUCUUGUGCGCUAAGUUCUUAUGCGAGUCUUUGAGUGUUCUAAAUUUUGUUGACCAAUCUGAGAUGAAUAAAAGGUGAUUUUCGCAGUAAAUUAUUUGGCCCUAUUAUUGUA